AAGUUGGAUUCAUUUAUGGCACGAAUCUAGGUUACACACAUUUUGGUUAGGUAUUUAUGAGUUCAUUUGAACCAGGAUCCGGAUGGAGUUUAACCACAAGGGUUUUGGUUUUUUUCAGCAGGAAGUGGUGUCAAAACAGAACAGAAAGAAUAAGAGAUUGUUUAAAAAAAAAACAUUCAGUAGGAACAAACAAAAGUGUCAAAUGGAUUGCUUCGGGAUCUGGUCCGUCUGUUGUCUGCUGGUUGCUUCGUUUGCAAUGGUCGGCGGUCAAGCGGAGUCUCGGGGCUGGACUCCUCCGUUCACCCAAUGGAUGACGACAUCGACGAUGUCAACAGUUCGUGCGACGAAAAGCCAUAGCACAUUGCCAACCAGUACAACCAGUAGUCCAAUCAAUUCAGUUUGUGAUAGAAAUUGUUGUAAAUGUGAUAGCUCAAAAACUCGUGUUGAAUGUACAUCGUCCCACCACUGCAACGAAUUUAUUUUAAAUACAACUACUCGUUUGCCAAAGGAAGCCAGGACGGUGAUCUUUACCGGAUUUCUUCGAUUAAAGAUUAAUAAAGGCAGUUUAAAUUUCCCGCAAAAUUUGACAACGUUUUACAUUGAACGUGUAGAUAAGAUUGAAGCCGAAUCUUACGCGCUCUCGCAACCUGCUUGCAACGAACGAUCUCCCCGUAUGCGCAGUUCAUUCGCACGGCCGUCUCUUGUCAUCAACGGAAGCGGUUCGAUUAUCUUCGAGCGAAGGGCUUUUACAGGUGCAUGGGGUGAAAUACUAAUCAUCAAUUCCAAGGUGAAAGUGAUGGAAUCGGAGAUGUUUUACAAUACAAGUUGCUUAAAAAAGUUCACGCUGGAGGGAAACUUUAUCGAGGAAAUCAAAUUUAAAACUUUGGCAGAUGGAGAAACCCAAUAUUUGUCCAUUAAAAGCAACCAAAUUCAAUCGAUCGAGCACGGAGCCUUCCAGUUGAGCGUCACCGAUUCAGCUCAUAUUUCCUCCAACAGAAUCAACGUCAUUCAAUCAGAAGCUUUUGUCUUGCGGACGCCAAGGACCUUUUCGUUUCUUAACAAUACGGUGGGGAGCGUCUUUUCUUACGCCUUCCAGCUAGCGGCGACCGAGAGUAUAGACAUCAAGUUGAGCGCUUUCGACAGCAUUGCACGUCACGCCUUCCGCAAAAUCGAAACAGUUGGCAAAGCCAAAAUGGCGAUGGCGUUGUCAAUCAAAAAAUUCGACAAAGGCGCGCUCGAUCUCGACCAAUCGCUCUUUCAAAAAUCGUCUCUCCAAUUCUUCGAAAUUCAACUCGACCGCGAUUGUGCCUGUGAACUACAGGUUGUUGUCGACACACUUUUCAGUCCAACUUUAAGAAGAAAUGCCUCUUCCAAAGACGACUUCAACAGUGUCUUGAGAGAUUUCAUCUUCUGUCGCGUCCGCAAUGAGUCGAAAAAAUUUUAUGAAUUCGCUAGCUCUCAUCACUGUCAAGCUCCUGAUGUCAUCAUGUUAGUGUCAAUCACUUGUGCGAUCUUGGCAAUUUUAUUGUUAAUGGCUGUUGCAGUGACUAUGAUCUUUCGACAGAAAGCUAAGCUUCGUCGCCGUACCAGUGUGGAAACUUCUAACGGAUGGGUGAUGCACAUCUACACGGAAACCGAAUGUCAAGUCAAGGAAGAAUUUACGGUUCCUCUAGAAUCAGUGGGAGAAAAUGGACCGGAACACGAUUUGUUAUUGCUCACCGCUAACCAAAAUGAGGUAUGUCAAGAUAGGCUCAGUCGCCACAGUUCUGGGCUACCGACAUACCAGCAAGCAGCAUGCAGUUUAUCCAAGGAAUCAGCCAACUAUAUUCACAUUGGUUCAAACAAUUGUUUAUGUUAGUAUAUUCUAAGCCCCAUAUUUUAUAUGCUUGAAUAGUUAAUACAAAAAUUUCCAUGUUUGAAAAAAAACUAUUCAAUAGAUUUCCAUACAACGUGUUUUCUCACGCGUUUUAAUAAUGAAUUAAUGAAGCCUCAGAUUUCAGGUCUAUCAAAGGAGAUUUUUUAAAAGUUGAAACAGAUUUGAAACAAUUUUCUUUAGUCCUAGUAACAUCAAAGCAAUUAACCUGGUAACAGACUCAACCGAAAUUCCUUCGUCAAUUGCAUAACAGUUGCCUCACGUUUCCGUCUUCCCACGCAUUUUGCAUUUUCACUUUAGAUUUUUUGUCUGUUGCUUUCCCGUCUAACCGCCAGGUUGAAAUUUGAACGAUUCGCUUUCGCGGCUUAUGCAUCGGCAAUCCGGCAUUCUUGUUUGUCGUCUGCGUCUUCACGAUACGAACACAAUACGAAAAUUGACACAUAUAUAGUCACACAAACACAUCCCUAAUAACUUUCUGUUUAAAUAUACAAGUAUUGUUUUAAUUUUCCUUAAAACUAGAAGUGUAAUUGCGUCAAAUGAGAUUUGAACUGUAA